AUGGCCCGCCACGUGGUCGUGCCGGAGCGACUGCGUGCGGCGCGCGGGAAAGAACUAAUAGGCACAUUUCGCCGCGUUGUUACGAGGCAUCACGCACCGGCGCAGACAUUGCUGCACACGAGCUGCCACUCGCAGCCGAGGGCGCUCAUUUGCGUACGCGCUCUCUCCACAGAGAUACGGGGUGAAUUUUUUGUGGUGAAAUUACUGUGGCCACGUCCCGGUGCGCUACCUGCCCCCAACCUCAGUCCCCUGCGUCGCCGCGAGUCGAACUACGGUCGCAGUCCAAACAGGCGAAGGCAAUAUGUCGUACUCACCGCUACUAUGGCUUAC